UGCUCGGAGGACUCUCGGAGACGUUUCGCGGUGACGCCGGAAAUGCAUGCUCUUACUGUGAAGUGCACUUCCUGUUUUGGUGUCAGCGGUGGACCGUCCGUUAGCGACACAGAAAAGGAGCGAAACUUUGAGAUACAUGAUAUGAGUCUGAAUCUCAGGUGAUUCGGGGACCAGGUGUUUGCCGGAGCUCGAGGAGCAAGAGGAGACCAUGGAGGAGAAGUUAGCAGACAGCCCCUGUUCGUCGGAGCCGGACAGCCCCGGAGGUCUGAACCGAGGAUGCCUGCUGGACCCGGAAGACGUCCUGUACCAUGAGCUUCCCGUCAUCGUCCCAGAAACCCCCAGCCCACAGCUCACCAAGCGGAGAAGGCGUCGGUGCGUCGUAGAGGAGCGUUUCAGCCCCGUGCCGGUGAAGAGCUCUCCAGAACCAGAACGUCCCACCGCCAGCGAGCGAUGUUUUUCACAUAAAUCUAAACGCCGGCGAUUGGCCAAGCAGAGCGGCGGAUUCGUUCCUGCCUCCUCUCUGAGGAUGUGUCCUCUGGGCAGUUGGCUGGAGGCCCCACAGUCCAUUGCAUCCUGUUCAUCCUCCUCAUCAUCCUCCUCUUCUUCCUCAUCAUCUUCAUCAUCUUCUUCCUACCUCAGACCAGUAUCCGUCCUCCAGCCGAGACCAAAUGAGACGAAUACUUCAGCGUCACCGUCAGCAUCACUGCCACCGGCAGUGCCGUUGAGCUCCGACUCUCUGUCCUUCCUCACCGAAGAGGAGAGAAGGUGGCUGAACGGUGACGAAGGAGGCGCCUCAGCAGCUGCGGCGGAGCAGAUCGUCAUCAGCGACGAUGAGGAGGCCGCUGUUCGUUCACUGCAGAUGGAGGAAGACGAGGCGCUGGCCCGAAGCCUCCAGGCUCAGUUUGACCGCGAGGAGUCUGAGUUGCACAGCAGACACCAACAUCAUCAUCAUCACCACCACCAUCAUCUUCAUCAGGAGAGCCACCACCCAUUUUAUCCCUACAUGGAGCCCCGCUGGAUGUCUCAGGUGCUCGCUGCCGUCUCUCCUCUGGUGGGGCUUGAAGAAGACCUGAUUGGUCAACGCAGAAGACGUGGGCGGAGCAGGAGGAGGAACGCCAUACAUGAUUUUUCAGACGACCUUCAGGGAAACGACUACGAGGCUCUCCUGGCGUUCGAGGAGCGUCAGGGUGCCGUGGUGUCCAAGAAGCUGAGUCGGGGGGAGAUCCAGAGGUUUCCCACCAAAGUGUUCCAGGGAUCCACUGGCAGCAGUGGGGGGAGCAUGCAGUGUCAGAUCUGUUGCUGUGACUAUGCCGAAGGCGAGAAGCUGAGGAUGCUGCCCUGUUUCCAUGACUACCACGUCCAGUGUAUCGAUCGAUGGCUGAAGGAUAACACCACCUGUCCCAUCUGCAGAGCCAACUUGGCCGACGGAGAUGCCGUGGCCCCCCCCGACCUCUGACCUCAUUUCUACUGUUUUCUGUCGGAGCAGACGGAUUUAUGUCUCCCUGAAGGACGACUCAGACUUUUUUUUUAACACUUUUAUUUAAAGGUUUGGGUGCUCAUGUGACUGCAGGAAUAAAACAAUAA